AUGGCUCUUCCUGUGUUGCUGCUGCUGUGCACUGCUCCGCUGGUCCGGGGCCACGGCUCAGGUGUGGUUAUAGACAGCUGUGAAGACAUGGAACUCCACCACUCUGGGCUGAGCCCACAGACCGCACCGUCACCCUUCACUGUCACUACAGAGCAGAGGCGCUACGGACUCGGAGACGAUGUCAUAGUUGAGCUACAGGGUCCAGCCUCUACACCAUUUACUGGUUUCCUAUUGGAGGCUAGAGAACUGGGAAGCAAGAGUCCUGUGGGUUCCUUUGCCAUACCAGAAGGGGCUGCUCAACUCCUCACCUGCAGCCAGAGAGCUAACUCGGCUGUGUCGCACACAUCAGGCUUUAAUAGCAGCUACGUUCAGGUGACAUGGAGAUCAGAACCAUCAAGACACAUCAAAGCUGUUCAUUUCUGUGCAUCCUUUGUGCAGAAUUCUACAACAUUUUGGAUCAAUGUGACGAGCCCUGUCCUGACCUUCACUAACGGCAGAGCUGCUACAUCUGCAGGUGCCCUCACUACAUCCACUGACAAUGGCAGUUUACAACCUGGAUCACUUGUUAAAUCAGCUGGAUCCAUCUCUAGUGCUGACUGUGGGGUCACCAAGGUGUGCUUCAGUCAGCCUUCAAACUGUGACCCAGCAGUCAGUUCUAACUGUUAUUUCAUGUCAGCCAUGAUGUUAGCCGGUGGCGAAGCUGUCCACUUUGAGAUGACUGGUCCUUAUGAAGGAUACAUCGCUUUUGGAUUCUCUGAUGAUCAAAGAAUGGGAAAUGAUGACAUUUACGUUUGUGUUAUGAAAAGCAAUGGACAAGUGGAGGUGGAACAUAUGUAUUCAACAGGACGAUCAAAGCCACAAGUUCUUCCUCUGGGGAAUGUUUAUAAUAUAACAACGUCAUUGCAGAACAGUGUCAUCAGUUGUGUCUUCACUACCACAAACACAAUUUCUAUUGAGGGGACUUCUGGUUUCAACCAAUCCUACUACCUCUUGUUUUCCUAUGGACCCACCAACAAUGGAUCAAUAACAUUCCAUGUGGGUACCUUCACCAGCAAUAAAAGGAUCAAUAUUAAUAAUCCCCUUGUUGUUGGCAAAGGUGAUGUUCCUGAUAUCAUCAAAGCUCAUGGAUCACUCAUGCUGAUUGCCUGGAUGACCACAGGAUCACUCGGCAUGAUGGUUGCCCGAUAUCUAAAAAAAAUGGCCAAGGGAAAGAAGAUGUGCGACAAAGAUCUCUGGUUUGUGGUCCAUGUUGGAGUGAUGUGUCUGACGGUAGCAGCCACAAUCACUGCUUUCAUCCUUGUGUUCGUUCAUACUCAGGACUGGUCUGGGGGAGCACAUCCAGUGUUGGGGUGCCUGGUUAUGAUCCUCUCACUCAUCCAGCCUAUCGGGGCCUUGCUGCGCUGCGGACCACAACAUCACCUGAGGUAUCUGUUCAACUGGACACAUUUUUUAAAUGCAGUGGUAAUAAAAUCUAUAGCUGUGGCAGCCAUAUUUACAGGCCUGGACAGGAUUGACAGUGAUGAUGGGUGGCUAAUGAAAGUGAUGGGUGGCUUCUUUGCCUGGGAAGUUCUCUUCAUCAUCAUUUUGGAGGUCCAUGAUUGGAUAGUUAAACACAGAGAUGGUACUGCUGAUCAAAUGGAAUCAGCAUUGGUCAAAGGUGACAGUUGCCUGAUCGCUGUGUACCUUCUGGGAAACCUUUGCUUUUUGGUGGCACUUCUGGUUGGAAUUGGAGAAAAAUGAGCAGCAGAAGAAUCUUCCAAAGUGUUUCCCUGUAGUUUAACAUACUUGAUGAAAUACUGCACUGGAAAUUCAGACCCACUGAUGCAUCAGUUGGCAAAACCUGGAAAUUUUCUCAGUAAUGUCUUUUAAAAAAUAUUACUUAUGGUUUUUUUCUCUUUUGCUUUCAGUUGAUAAUUAA